AUGUUGGGCAUCUCGUUCCGGCUGCCCUCCCCAAGGUGGGCAGAAUCUGAGGUGCCCUGCUCAUAUUGCUGCCAGGACCCAUCUGUUCUCCUGGCUAUUAGUGUCAUUGGGAUCACAGUGCUCCUGUUGGCCCUGAAGAGCAGGAAUUCCAGGAAGAAAAAUCUUACCACCUUACAGGACCCUGAAGAAAAGUACUCACUGCCCUUGAUUGACAAAGAGAAAAUCAGCCACAACACCCGGAGGUUUCGCUUUGGACUACCUUCCCCAGACCAUGUCUUAGGGCUUCCAGUAGGUAACUACAUUCAUCUCUUGGCCAACAUUGAAAAUGAUUUGGUGGUCAGGGCUUACACACCUGUCUCCAGUGAUGACGACCGAGGCUUUGUGGAUUUAAUUAUAAAGAUCUACUUCAAAAAUGUACAUCCCCAUUAUCCUGAGGGGGGAAAGAUGACUCAGUACUUGGAGAACAUGAAAAUUGGGGACACAAUUCUUUUUCGAGGGCCAAAUGGGCGUCUCUUCUAUCAUGGGCCAGGGAAUCUUGGAAUCAGACCAGACAAAACCAGCAAGCCUGAAAAAAAAAUGGUUCAUCACCUGGGAAUGAUUGCUGGGGGCACAGGCAUCACGCCCAUGCUGCAGCUCAUUCGCCACAUCACCAAGAACCCCAAGGACAUGACCAAGAUGUCUCUCAUCUUUGCCAACCAGACUGAGGAGGAUAUCUUGGUGAGAAAAGAACUUGAAGAAAUUGCCAGGAUUCACUCAGAACAGUUCCACCUAUGGUACACCCUGGACAGGCCUCCUGUUGGCUGGAAGUACAGCUCAGGCUUCGUUAAUGCUGACAUGAUCAAGGAGCACCUCCCUCCACCUGGGAAGUCCACUCUCAUCCUGGUGUGUGGCCCACCACCCCUGAUCCAGACAGCUGCUCACCCUAACCUGGAGAAGCUGGGUUACACCGGUGACAUGAUUUUUACCUACUAACACCGCCUGUGCUCUUGGUUGAUUUGCCUGGUCCCUUUCACAUUUCAAUAGCUCAGAUUCACCACCUUAAAAAGAGAUGUUUUCAGAAGUGCCUCACCAUGCACCUUUGAGCACACAAUGCUUAUCCUCUUUGGGGCAUGGGCCUAAGAAAGGCUCAGUGGGCUGGAGACAAAGUGGCUUCUGAAGUCUCCUUGCUUGGAGGCUGGGAAGAGCUCCAUUUCAGUAUCCUGCUCCAUGGUUUCAUGAAAUAAACUUCAGUACAAAGCA